AACUGAAAGAGUUCCAUUCAAUUGUGAUUUGAAAAAACUUAAAAGUGUGUCGAUUGUGCAGAUAUAUUUAAAAUGGGUAUCCAUUGUGAAAUAAACCUAUGUAAACAUCUCGAUGGUGCAUUUACUCCUGGUAGUACUGUUUCCGGAUGUAUCAAGUAUGCCAUCGAUGAAGACACAGUCUUUAACAGAAUAACAGUAUCACUUAAAGGUAAUGGACGCUUAUCUAUGAAACGUAAACAGAGUAAAAACAGGACUCAAACAUACUGGAAUAAGGAAGAAUAUGUAGAUAUAUAUAAUGUUAUACAUAAUGAUGAAAAUGGUGAAAAUAAACUGCCCGUGGGAUCCUAUGAAAGUCAAUUCAGUUUUACAUUACCAGAGAAGAUACCAUCGACUUUGUAUUAUUCAAAAUAUGUAGCAAGCUACGAUAUUACCUGUAAAAUCUCGUACUACAUUCGCAUAAAGUUCAAAAGACCAGGGUUCCUGAGCUUCGAUAAGAAGUUUAAGAAGGAAAUAACCGUUGUAUCCGGGAUAACACCUCGCUAUCCAAAUAUCCCUUCAAUUUGCGGUGAAAGGAAAUCUUUAACACAAUUAUUUUCGAAAAAAAAUAGUGUCGUGGACAUAAAAGCUACAAUUAAAACUCGCAUUAUUAAACCAGGAGAUAAAAUCAAGCUAACAUACGAAGUGAAUAACGAUACAAAUAUUGUUAUAAAAGAUAUUGAAACAAAAUUGAUGGAGGUGUACACUUUUACAAGUGAAAAUGGUCGAGAUGUGACAGCCGACAAGGAUGUCAAGGAUACAGAUUCGAAAACAGGUUCAAUCAAAGCUGGCGGCACUAAGAGUAUGGAUAUAGAAAUUAUUCCGCCGUCAGAUAAAGUGUCUUUGGAUUAUUCCAAAAUGGUUACAAGGGAAUACAUUGUGAGUAUUAUUGCUCGAUUACCUUUGCCACAUCGGAACGCUGUUUUGAAGAUUCCUGUUCAAAUUGGGGAAGAAGAUGUGAUACGUUUGCAUGGCGAUGCUCCACCUUCAUACUGGGAAACAAUGGUUGAAGACACAAAGAUAGAUGGUAAAGACGAUGUUGAUUUCAAAAAGCCUGAUAAAGAUAUGGGAGAAAAGUCGUAGGCUUCAGUUAGUUGUAGCGCAAAAAACAGUGUUCUGUCCUAUCCUUUAAAGUAGUGACACAUUACAACAGCCAUGUUUUGACAUGAUAAAGUACAGCCCUUUGCUCCGUCAAAAGAAGUCUAAAUAAAACAAAACUUGAUGAAAACAACAAACUAGAAACGUCAUCAUAGUGUGCGGCUAGUUAAGUAGAAUUUCGUAGCAAACCUGUCCUAAGAGUUCGUUUACCAUGAUAUAGGUACGAUCACGGUUAUCUUAUUUAUACAUGACUAAUCGGAAAGAAUUUUGGAGAAAUAUUUUCUUGUUCCGUACUUUUUAGAGUGGGUUUUAAUUUUUAAACUUUUUUACGAGAAAAAGUAAGUUUAAAGUAACAAGAUACCAAAAAAAUAGAUUUCCAAAAAUACCAAUGUGAUAAAGGUACAUAACGGUGAAUCAUUUGGUUAAGUUGUCUGAUGAUAAGAUAUAAUUUUUAUCGCUGCAUCGAGCACAAUAUAUUACAGAAAACUUAUUUUGAUUUACAGUCAUUAUUUAAACGUAAGAGACUUACAGUAGUAUUCAACAUGGGUGUAUUAUGUGAAAUUAGUAUUAACAAAACCGCAGACGAAGUUUUUAGGCCAGGAAUGGCUGUAUCUGGAGAAAUAAGAUACACUGUCAACAAGGAAACUACCUUUUCAAGAAUAACAGUAUCAAUAAAAGGUACGGGGCGAGUGGUUAUAACAGAAAAACGAACAGAUAAAGACCGCACCUAUGAUGUAACUUCCUCUACAUCAGAAAAUUAUGUUGACAUCGAUAAUAUUAUAACUAAAGAAAACGAAGUCACAUUGCCAAUUGGAUCGUAUGAGACACAAUUUGGGUUUCAAUUACCUCAUAAUGUUCCACAAAGCCUGAGAUAUACUAAGUAUAACGCAAAGGGUAGCGUUGAGUGUAAAAUCAAAUAUUACGUUGGAAUCAAAUUUGAUCAGCCUGGCUGCAAGUGUACCAAACGAUUCAAAAAAGAAUUUACAGUAGCUCCCAAUGUGAUACCAAGACUGCCAAUGGAGCCAGUCAUCUAUGAACAACAGAAGACACUUGCGCAAAUAUUUUCAGCAAAAAAACGUAUAGUGUACAUAAAAACUUCUACAGAAAGCUGCGUAAUUGCUCCUGGAGGUACAAUACGCUUCUAUUGCGAAAUUAAUAACGACACGAAUAUUGAUAUCAAGGCAUUAAAAACAAAGCUUAUUGAAGUUUAUUCAUUCUACACUACGAGUCGAAUACAGAAUCAACACUUUGUUCAUCAAGAGAAAGUCAAAUUUACCAACUGUAAAACAACUCAAAUAAAAAGAGGAAGGAGUGAAACAUUUGAUUUUAAAAUAGACGUACCAGCAGACUUGUGCUCUAUAGAAAAUACUACAAUCGUGAAAAGGCAAUAUUUCAUUUGGGUUGAAACUGUACUUCCAAUACCACAUAGGAAUGUUCUACAGAAGAUUGAGGUGCAGAUUGGUAACUUAGUUGGUGAAGAUAUAAAUGUUGACAAUUCUGAUUUUGGAAUACAUAACGAUGCUCCGCCGUCAUACUGGGAAGCGAUGAGUGAGGAAAAGAAAGAUGCAGAUAUGUGGACAACCAAUUAAAGUUAGUAGAUGGGGUAAUUGAUUGGAAAGGUCUAAUAUUAUAUCAGUCAGAUAUGGCAACGAGAGGCUGGAAAAAGAAGACGUAGAAGACUAUGGCAUUAGUUGUUGAGAAACUACAACAAGAUACAAAGCGUCAACGCGUCAAAUAUACAGGGUGUUAGUGACACCGUAACAGAAACUUUGACGGAUGAUCCAGACCAUACUGAGUAGUUAUCAAGUGGAAUUUUCCGUUGCAA